UUAUGAGGGGUUCCCACCAUCCCUGUGCCGAGUUCCCGGGUCUGUACACCCGCUGUGCCCAUUAUGAGGGGUUUCCCACCAUCCCUGUGUGCUGCAUUUCUGGGUCUGUACACCCGCUGUGCCCAUUAUGAGGGGUUCCCACCAUCGCUGUGCUGAGUUCCUGGGUCUGUACACCCACUGUGCCCAUUAUGAGGAGUUCCCACCAUCCCUGUGCUGAGUUCCCGGGUUUGUACCCUUGCUGUGCCCAUUAUGAGGGGUUCCCACCAUCCCUGUACUGAGUUCCCGGGUCUGUACGCCCGCUGUGCCCAU